CUUCACAGUUCUUCUUUUACGCACAUAAUCUCCAUUCCAAACUACUCUUUUGAUGAAACCAUGUCUCUUAAUUUUUUGUGCAUCAUUUUCUUCAGCACAAUCUCAAUUUCUUUCAAUUCUGCCGACGCUCAACCAGUAGAUUCACCAACACCAUCAUCAACCUGCAUUGGCAUAUUCUUAUCCUACUCUUACACUUCAGGCUAUCCCAUUCCACCAAUUAACCCACCCAACCAGCCUUACAGGUUCGAGUCCACGCUGACCAUUCUCAACAACGGCCUCGAUGAACUUAGGUCAUGGAGAGUUUUUGUUGGGUUUCAACAUGAAGAGGUUUUGGUUUCUGCAACUAAUGCUGUAUUAGCUGACGGGUCGUCUCUUCCUGCUUUUGUUGGUAACGGCACUGUUUUUUCCGGCUUCCCAAAGAGUGACCUUAAGUCUGCUGUUGAAACGGCUGGGGAUUUAAGCCAGAUGGAGGUUCAAAUCCGAUUGGUGGGUACUCAGUUUGGUGUUGGAGCUCCGAAUGUUCCCAUGCCCGGUAAUAUCUCUCUUGCUAAUGAUGGUUAUAGAUGUCUCAUUCCCACCUUUGAAGGGAACAAUCAGAUGAACGUAUGCUGCAUCAAAGAUCCAGGUUUUAAAACAAACAUCACAGUGGAAGACCAAGCUGGGGAUCUUGUCAUAAUGUAUGAUGUGAUCAGGUCGUAUGACACAAAUUACUGGGCACAAGUUUCAAUCUCCAAUUAUAACCCUCUCAGGCGCCUUGAUAAUUGGCAACUAAGCUGGGAGUGGAUGAGAGAAGAAUUUAUCUAUGCUAUGAAAGGAGCAUACCCUCUCGUUGUUGACACAUCAGAAUGCAUCUAUGGACCGCAAGGUCGGUAUUAUCAGGAUCUGGAUUUUUCAACAGCAUUGAAUUGUGAAAGAAGGCCUAUAAUUAUUGACCUGCCUCCAACAAGAGCAAAUGAUACAACUAUUGGGAAAGUUCCCUUCUGUUGUCGAAACGGGACAAUUCUGCCUAGUAAUGUGGAUCCUAGCAAAUCUACCUCAAUUUUCCUGAUGCAAGUUUACAAAAUGCCACCAGACCUCAACAGAACUGAGCUUUUUCCUCCCCAGAACUGGAAGAUCAAUGGCACACUAAAUCCGGAUUAUCAGUGUGAGUCUCCUGUUCAAGUGUUUCCAAGUAGAUUCCCGGAUUCAAGCGGGUUACCUACAGAAUCAACAGCAAUUGCUAGUUGGAAAGUGGUUUGCAACAUUACACAGCCCAAGCAGGGAACAGUGGCAAGAGUGACAAGUCCAAGAUGUUGUGUAUCGUUUUCAGCCUUCUUUAAUGAUUCUGCCAUUCCAUGUGGCACAUGCGCCUGUGGCUGCAAAAACAAUUCUAGUCAAACAUGCAGUGUUACUGACGCAGCUCUUCUUGUACGGCCUGAUAUUCUUCUUGUUCCCUUCGAGAAUCGUACAAUCGAAACUUUGGAGUGGUAUAAGACGAAAGGUUUUAGUGUUCCUAGUCAACUACCCUGUGGGGAUAACUGUGGAGUUAGCAUCAACUGGCAUUUAUUAUCAGAUCACAGUGAUGGCUGGACUGCAAGGAUUACUUUUUUUAACUGGGGUGAAACUGAUUUUCCUGACUGGUUCGCUGCGGUUCAGUUAGAUAAGGCAGUGUCAGGUUUAGAAGGAGUUUAUUCUAUCAAUGGCAGUGUGCUGCCUGGUUCCAAAAAUACAAUAUUCUUCCAGGGUUUUCCAGGCUCGAAUUAUCUAGUAGCAGAAACGGAUGGUGCCAACCCGAAAAAAAAUCCACGGCUUCCUGGAAAGCAGCAGUCAGUAAUUUCAUUUACAAAGAAGACAACCCCUAAUAUUCAUGUGGCUAAAGGAGAUGGAUUUCCAACAAAAGUAAUCUUUAACGGCGAGGAAUGUGCACUCCCCACACUGCUUCCAAUCAGUGGCAAUAAGGAGAAUUCUGCUAAUACACUUUUUCACCUUGUAACUGUUCUAGCUUUCUUGUUAAUGCACUGACUUCCUUGUUGAGUAUUCUUCUAGCUGCUCAAAAUUCUUAAAUUCAUUUUAGUGUUGUAACUGUACGU